AGAUUCUACACCAGGUGGUAUAUAAACUCCGACGAAGAAAAGCACGAGUACACUCGACGAUCAGAACUCGGCAAGAUGAAAGCUCUAUUCAUAUCUCAGGUUAUCGUUCUCGUGGUGUGCAUCACAUUUGCCACCGGUGCACCAUCCUCGAGAGAACGUCGUGAAAUCUACUCUGGUUACGGACACGGUUAUCAUGGUGGAUAUCCUGGACAUGGGGUCGCCUUGGCUGGACCAUUACUAGGUCAUACAAGUGUGGCUGGUCCUCACGUUGGAGCAUCCGUUCUUUCCGGACCCUCGAUUGGACCAGCGAAAUUAUCCGGAUCAGCUUCUGGACCGGUUCACGUAUCUGGUGCUGUCGCUGGUCCAGCCGUUGUCACAGCUUCCGUUGCCGGACCUGCAUAUGUCGAAGGUUACAACGGACCAUACGAUGGUGGAUAUUAUUCCUCUCCUUCGCUAGGAGGUUAUGCUUCUCCUGGCUAUACUGGUUACGCGGGAUACGUAGGACCCGCAGGACACAGUGGAUACGGUGGAUACGCAGGAUCCGCAGGCCACGCAGGACACGGAGUAAUUCUCGCAGGACCUGCAUCCCACGGUGCAGUUGUAUCAGGACCCCAUUCCGGUGGCUCGUCAGUCGCCGGUCCUCAUGCCGGUUCGGUGAUCAUAGCUGGUCCCUCGGGAAAAAUCACUGCCCAUGGUGCCGGAUACGGUAGUGUUCAUGCUGGAUUACAUAAUCACGGUCAUUGGUAACGAGAGUGAUGUCCCAUGAAACGCGUUUAAUACUCGUCCCUAAAA